AUGAAUCAGAGCAUGUUCAGAAGCGAAGCAGGCGGCCAGGCAGACGUCUGGGGUGAGCUCGGAGACGUAUGGGCAAAGAAGGGGGUCCCUUGGAAGGAGGCGGACUGGGAACAGCCCUGGGCGCGGGACGCGCUAUUCUCGAGACGGACAUCGGCGCUGCAAAGAAGGGAAUCUAUGGACGCCUUAUGGACUAUAUUGCGGUCGGAAUCGGGACGUCUCGUUUGGAAGCUACAAUGCGAGAAAGUGAUUAGAAAACGGGGCGAGAACCUCACUCAAGCGCAGAAUGCCGCCUGGUGA